GCCUUUGGGGAGAUAUUUAUCAUAUUUAAUUCCAUGGUUUGUUUAGAUAUCUAAUAUCCGUUAUCAUUGUGAAUUCGAUUAAAAAAUAAUCAAGAUUUGAAACGCGAUAUAAUUUUAACUCCACAGGACAUAUGUAGACCGAACAAGGAUGAGAGAAGGUCAAGCGUCGCUUGUGAUAGUGACAUCAGUGUUUUUGUUAUUCUGGUCACAUGGUGUUGAUGGCAGCAGAAGCGGAGAGCCUUUGAUUCCGAAGCAGGAAUGCAACAAAAUAUCCGGAGUUGAAGUGAGAUAUAAUGAAUUUUAUGAGCUCUAUUUGGGUCACGAUGGUGCGAACGAUGAACUUCAAAAACAAGGAAUCGUUUAUCGAUGCCUGUCAGAAGCCGUCGAAGCUUGCUGCCCAGGAAUGACUUUGAAUUUUACCCUCGUCAAUGCUUCGGUUGAGUAUUUGGUCGAGGAAGAUAUAUUACACCACCACGGUAUCCGGAAUACAUCUCAUUUGGUUUUUUACUUUCCUGAGUUUACAACCAAAAAAGAUUUAGAAGUCUAUUCGCACAAAGUUCCGUUCUUAAAGUUACGAAAGUCACCCGGGUUUGCUCUUGUGAUGUUGAGGAGUGAGUCACACUUGGAUAUAUCUGCGUCUGAUAUAAUUACUCCAUCGUGGCCAAUCUUUGCUCUGGUUCUGUCGCUAUCCUGGGCAGUUGGGAUCGUUGGUUGGUUUUUAGAACACUGUUAUAAUUCCGAACAAUUCCGCAAACCUUUUGUUCGAGGAAUGUUUGAUGGUUUUUGGUGGGCCUUAGUCACUAUGACAACAGUUGGAUACGGCGACAAAACGCCGAAAACAAUCCUUGCUCGUAUUCUUUGCGUUAUCUGGAUACUGGCAGGAGCGGUGCUGCUUUCACUGUUCACAGCCAACACAACAUCUAUUAUUACUGAAAGCAGAAUAAAGAAAAACGCUCAGACAGUGGGCAAGAAGAUUGGAUUAGUCAAUAUGAAACAAUUUGUAGAGGCGGAACUGAACCUUGGAGCUCAAAUCAUUGAAUUUCCAAAAGUUGAACUUGCUUUGGAAGCGCUGAGAAGCAAAGAAAUAGACCGUCUGUUGUUUCCACAUUACCUUGAUCUACUUUAUCUUAUGUCAAAAUCAGAUAAAGUGUCUCUUCUGUCUCCUCGUGAAAUAUAUAUCGUGAAGGAAAUGGAUAAAUCUUUCCAGAUUGGAAUGGUAUUGUCUCAUGCUGAAGCAUCCAUAAUUCAAAAUGUAGAAUUCUAUACAUGCUUGGAGGUAAUGACAUCUAGAUUCAGUUCAAAGUACGCGUAUGAUUAUUCUCUUAUCGAUGGCUCUAUUGUUGACAAUGUUAAGGAUACAUUUGAUACGAAAGUAACUCUACAAUUUUUCUUCGUAAUUUUGGGAAUCAUUGGCUUAAUGUUUCUUAUUGGAGCAGCUUGGGAUAUUUACCACCUCUACCGCGAUGGUGGUGUGUUAAAGAUAAAUUUUCCAGAUUGCGUAAGACGACAGUCAAGGCCCGUUUGACCUUGUAGCCUAACCAGAAAGAUGACAUGUAAAUCGUAAUCCAAUGACAUCGUCACGAAGGUCGAAGUAGUACAUUCUGUACAUUAUAUUUGAUAGAUACUGUAAGAUAUAUAUAGAUAUUGGAGUUUGAUAAUUUCGUCUAAAACACAAAUUUCUUCAGUACAGCAAAACUAUAGAAAAAAGAAGCUCUGGCACAAUCCGUAUAUUGCGCAUUUCCUGGCUAUACGAAUAGGCUUUGCGCAUGCGUUAUACUACUCCAGCAGAUAUUAUAAAGCUUUCAGCCCAAGGAAAUUGACAUAGCCUCAAAGAGGGCUGAAAUUAAAAUCAAAGUGAAUGAGUGUUUUAUUAUAGAUAAAAGAAAACGAUCGCUUCUAAAAAAGCGUCGUAAUCUAUCGAACGAAACUGAAUUUAUGCGACUUUUUUGUUUGGGCAGGGUGGAUUGAGAACAAUUUUGGAAAAUUGUUCAAAACAAAAGUUGAAACCUGAAAGUUUAGACAAAACCUCGAAUGUUAGGCUUCUUAAUUCAUUUAGAUUGUAAAAUAGCUGUAUCCUAAAUUUCAAGUUUCGAGUUUGUUAAUAAGACGACUCGGAAACAAUGGCGUUGCCAGCCU